CCUCUCGCAACCCACGUGAAAUCUCUUCUCUUGACAAGAUGUGUUGCAACUACGGCAACUCCUGUGGCUAUGGCUGCGGAUAUGGCUAUGGCUGUGGCUAUGGGCCCUAUUAUGGCUGUAGUUAUGGACCUGGCUAUGGCUGUGGAUAUGGGUGUGGAUACGGCUCCUGCUGUGGCUAUGGCACCAGCUAUGGCUGUGGCUGUGGCUAUGGCUCUGGUUGCUGUGGCUACCGGCCAUUUUGGUAUAGAAGAUGUUAUUCUUCUUGCUGCUAGAACAUCACUGUCCAAGAAACAUUUGCUUCUGAAGUGGCACGGCUUAAGGGAGGGCUGAUUCAUUGAUUUAUACCCCAAGAUUACUAUAUCCAAUAAAUUGCAUGCUUUCGGGAAUUUGUGACCUCAAGUUAGCAUUUGUAUGAAGGCAUCCUGUGGCUGAAGGUUAUGUGGUAUCCUCUGACUAUUUUCCAAAUGUUAGUCUUUACUUCCCUAAUCUGGGUUCUUUGUUGAGACUUUGGCAACAUAUCUAAAAUCCCACAAUUAGGCAAAUCCCUUAUUCUCAAUAAAAACGUGUCAUUUUUUUCUAACAAA